AUGGGGUUGUCAUAUUCAUCUCCAGCAAAUAGACAACCGAAAUGGUUCCCCCAAAUGAUGAAGGAGCUUCCCUCCAUGUCCGGCAAGGUUGUCGCCAUCACUGGCUGUACCACAGGAACAGGAUACAUUGCUGCAAAGGCCUGUGCACAGAAAGGUGCUACCGUGCUCAUGCUCAACAGGCAGAGCGAGCGAGCAGAAAAAGCAUGGAAGAGCAUCAAGGAGGAAGUGCCUUCGGCGGAGGUCGUCAUGGUGGAGUGUGACCUUCAAGCGUUUAAGAGUGUCAGGAAAGCUGCAGCUGAGAUUCGUGAGAGGUAUCCCGAAGGCAUCGACGUCCUCUGCAACAACGCGGGGAUCAUGAUGAUGGAGAGUGGGAAGGGAGAAGACGGUUUUGAUCGAGAGAUGACUGUCAACCACCUCUCUCACUUCCUCUUGACCAAAGAACUUUUUCCGCUCCUCGCCAAGAAAGCAGCAGCCACAGGCGAAGCACGUGUUGUCAACCAUAGCAGUGAAGCUCGGAAGGCUCCUCCCACCAAGCUCAAGGCUGAGUACCUCGAAAAAAAGACGACAGACCUCGGUGGAAAUGGAAUGUUGGCUAAGAUGGGAAGGUAUCAUCAGACAAAGUUGGCAAACUGCGUGUUUACAUUCGCUAUGCACGACAAACUUCAGGCCGCAAACAGCAAGGUCAAGGCCCUCGUAGCCCAUCCAGGGCUCGCAGCUACCAACCUACAGGUGACGACGUCCAAGGACAGCGGCGGAAUGAUGGAGUCGAUACUGUCCCUUCUGAUGACAUUUAGUCAAUCUGCUGAAGACGGAUCGAUGGGCAUAAUUCAGUGCAUGUGUGGGCCUGACGCAAACUCCGGAGAACUCUGGGGACCCAAGUCGAUGACAGGAAAACCUCAGAAGCUCAAACCAGAGAAGCUUCUCACCUACGAGGACUCGAAGAAUAUGCUUGUAAUCCCCUCGUAUCCUUGCUGUUGA